CGUCCAGCAGCUGAUCGGUAAUCCAGAAGAAGUUUCCCCUCAGUUAGGGAGGAGCUCCACUUUGAAGCAGGAGACUCCACAACCACCCUGCAUUAAAAAGGAAGAGGAGGAACUCUGCAUCACUCAGGAGGGAGAGUGUCUUCUAGGACGAGAGGAAGCUGAUUACACCAAGUUUCCACUGAGUAUUCUCUCUGUGAAGACUGAAGAUGAUGAAGAGAAACCACAAGUAAACAACCUCUUAGCUCCACUAUCAGAUAGUGAGGCUGAAGACGAGGUUGAAGAACCUCUGAGCAGCGAUAAAGACUGUGAAGGUGAUAUGAGGACUCACACUGACAACAAACACUCUGAAUGCUCUACAAAGAAGAGAGGUGAAACAUGUUUGAGCUGCUCAGUUUGUGCUGAAAGUUUUACUCAAAAGAGCAGUUUGACUCGACACAUGAGAACACACACAGGAGAAAAAACAUUUAUUUGUUCAGUUUGUGGCAAAAGCUUUUCUCAAAAUAGGUCUUUGACUCGACACAUGAGAACACACACAGGAGAAAAACCAUGUACUUGUUCAGUUUGUGGCAAAAGCUAUUCUCGAAAAUGUGGUUUGACUCAACACAUGAGAACACACACAGGAGAAAAACCAUGUACUUGUUCAGUUUGUGGCAAAGGCUUUUCUCAAAAUAGCUAUUUGACUAAACACAUGAGAACACACACAGGUGAAAAACCAUUUAAUUGUUCAGUUUGUGGCAAAAGCUUUUCUCAAAAUAGCUGUUUGACUCGACACAUGAGAACACACGCAGGAGAAAAACCAUGUACUUGUUCAGUUUGUGGCAAAGGCUUUUCUCAAAAUAACUAUUUGACUAAACACAUGAGAACACACACAGGUGAAAAACCAUUUAAUUGUUCAGUUUGUGGCAUAAGCUUUUCUCAAAAUAUCUGUUUGACUCACCACAUGAGAAUACACACAGGAGAAAAACCAUGUACUUGUUCAGUUUGUGGCAAAGGCUUUUCUCAAAAUUGCUAUUUGACUAAACACAUGAGAACACACACAGGUGAAAAACCAUUUAGUUGUUCAGUUUGUGGCAACAGCUUUUGUCAAAAUAGCUAUUUGACUCAACACAUGAGAACACACACUGGACAAAAAUCAUUUAGUUGUUCAGUGUGCUGUAAAAGCUUUUCUCGAAAUAGCAUUUUGACUGAACACAUGAGAACACACACAGGAGAAAAACCAUAUAAGUGUUCAGUGUGUGACAAAAGCUUUUGUGUUAAGACCAAUUUGACUAAACACAUGAGAACACACACAGGUGAAAAACCAUUUAAUUGUUCAGUUUGUGGCAAAAGCUUUUCUGAAAAUAGCUAUUUGACUAAACACAUGAGAACACACACAGGUGAAAAACCAUUUAUUUGUUUAGUUUGCGGCAUAAGCUUUUCUCAAAAUAGCUAUAUGACUAAACACAUGAGAACACACACAGGAGAAAAACCAUGUACUUGUUCAGUUUGUGGCAAAGGCUUUUCUCAAAAUAGCGAUAUGACUAAACACAUGAGAACACACACAGGUGAAAAACCAUAUAAUUGUUCAGUUUGUGGCAACAGCUUUUCUCAAAAUAGCAAUCUGACUCAACACAUGAGAACACACACAGGAGAAAAAUCAUGUAAUUGUUCAGUUUGUGGCAAAAGCUUUUCUGUUAAGAGUAAUUUGACUGAACACAUGAGAACACACACAGGUGUAAAACCAUAUAAGUGUUCAGUUUGUGGCAAAAGCUUUUCUGUUAAGAGCAAAUUGACUCAACACAUGAGAACACACACUGGAGAAAAACCAUUAAGUUGUUCAGUGUGCUGUAAAAGGUUCCAACAUAAUGCAGACGCAGUAAAACACAUGAGAACACACAAGGGAAAAUAACCAAUUAGUUGUUUAGUUUGUGGUAUGUUGCUCAUAUGUGGCGACAUCCACCCUACCCAGGACCUCCUCACUGCUUCUUUCACAAAUAUCUGAGGUAUUCAUACAAACUUGGAUUAUUUGAAGCAUAAUCUUAUCUACUCAUGACCCUGUGUCUUCUCUGUAUCUGAAACCUUCCUGAACAGUAAGAUAGAUGAUGCUUCAAGUGCUUGGUUACUCCUUCUUCAGUCCAGGGACCUGGGGCCUCAUGUGUCAAGUUUGUACACGCUCAAAAACCUGCACUACACCCUUUUUCACUGCAAAAUUGAGAUGUAUCAAAACUGACUAACGCAUAAGUGAUGCUGGGUAACUGUUUGCAUAACAAAUUGCCAACUUUUACUCUUCAGACUGAUUGAUGUGCAAAUCAGAGACAUAUGAACAAUUAACCCCCAACACCCACAACCCAACCCCCACCUCCCUCGACAUGGUCCUGGUGGAGAUCUACACUCUUAGUGCUUUUCUUCUUUAUUCAGAGUAAUGAUUUGACUUUCUAAAGGUUUUGAACUACUAAGUGGGUUGAAAAAUAUGUAUGUGUUUCUUGUAGUAUUUAAAAUGUAGAAUUGUUUUUCUUCAAUGUUUGCCCUUUUUCUGGUUUGAACAACAGCCAUGGAAAAAGUCUGUGCACAUGCUUGUAUAUAUACAUUUUUUAUUUUCAAACAGUAGUUGUCCGUUUUUUGAUGUUAGAUACU